CUGCCCACCCUUCAAUUACCAAGCUGCAACUAAAACCCCAAAAGUCCCUAAACCCUUUUUUCAAAACCUCCAACACAAAAACCCACAGCAACUCUUGAGCUCAAGUAUCCAACCAUGGCCGAUUCUGGAGCUAACCCUAAACAGAGACUACCCAAGAAGAACAAGAAGAAGAGAAAGCAGAGCGGACCUGAAGAAUCUGAAAGGCCACCCAAGACUAACCGCACCAAUUCACCAGAGAACGAGAGUGAACCACAAGACCAAAACUUUGAAGUUGGAAAAGCUGAAGAACCCAAUCAAGGUGGUCCAUGGAGGAACCUGGACCACCUUGAUUGAUCUUCACAAGUUAGUAUACUCUUCUUCAUCCCCAUUUUGUAGUUGUUGUUGUUGCUUUCAUUGGUUUAAGUCUGUUUGGAUACAUGGGGAUUUAGUUUUGAGUUUAAUUCAAAUUGGGUAUGAACAAAGUUUGGUUCUUGACUGAGAAAGUUAGAAUCUUGAUGAACAAUAGAACUUAUAACCCAAUUUAAGCAAAGUGUGAGUUGAAUUAGACUCAAUCUCUUGGGUUUAUUUUGUACUUGAGUUAUUAUGUAUCGGUGUCCGUGUGUGUGAAAACGAAGACUUUAAGCUUCAUGUUGUCUGCAUUGACUUAUAAGUGAUCAAAAGGAGGGUUAAUGUUGAGUUGUGAUGAAUGAGGGAUGUAAAUGCAGGAAGGUGGAACUAGCUAAUGGUUUUGUGAAGUCGAGGGUGAAGGAAGAAGGAGGUAGCAGUGAUGAGGAUAAUCAAGCAGUGAACAUGUCACGUUUAGUAAUUUUUGUCAGUGAUUGGAUCCAGUCAUUGUUGAUUUCCGAAGGAAAGAAAGUUGAGAGUGGUGGAGAGAAGCAUCAAGCUGAAGUUAUUUAUACGUAUUUGGAUUUAAGAUGCUGGGAGAUUUUCAAAUUCUGUUUGGAGGAGUCUCUGAAAUUAAAUGUUUCGUUAAGUUUCUCACGGAACCUUUUACGCUCUAUAUGUUGGAUUGCAAGGAGCGCACUGUCCUUAUUGAACAAAAAAAUUAUUGGUGAAGGGUUACAAUUGUACACUACUGUGCUUGAUUGUAUUUCUUUGGUAUUUUCAUCCCAAGAAGGCUUCUCAAAUGAAAAUUUAGACAUGUGGAUUAUAACUGUAAGUUCAGUUCUUGACCUUGGACACAAAUUUUACAGUGAAGCUCUUGUUAGUGGCAAUGAGGGUGUAUUUGUUUUCCAAUUCUUGUGCUUGGUGCUUGAGCCAUUUGCCAGGUUUUUAAGGGCUCACGCUCGGAAAGAUGGAUUUCGUGAUUUUAGUAAUAAGCUCCUUGAACCUCUGUUGCAUCUCUUGGGUCUCUUGCAUCUCCAGAUUGGUGGAGGUAAUCCUGGUUGGAGAAGAAACAUACUGAAGCUUGUUGAAGAUGUAUUAUCUCAUGGGCUUUAUCACCCGCUCCACAUUGAUGGGUUUUUGAGCUUAUGCAGUACUGAAAAAGACGCCACAUCCAAUGAUGGGAAGUCAAAAGAUUCCAAAACAAUCAACCAGAGUUAUCAUAGACAUUUAUUUGAUAAAGUGGAAGGAAUUUUAGCUGCAAAGAAUGCAUUUGCAGUAGAAAGCAUAGGAGUAUUGUUUCACUUGCUUAUUGAUCAAGUUAAAAAGCUAAAGAGAGAUUUAGCGCUGACUGCAAGUACCAAAAUGAUGGGGAAGAGUGAAGGUUCAAGGCAGUUAGAAGAUAGUUCAUUGGGUCAAACGUCUAUGAUGUCUUCUGAGAGUCGUAUUGUUGAAAAAAAUUAUUGCUCAACUAGUUUCAAUCCAGGAACACGAAAGUCACUUCACGAUUUUUUUGUACUGAUUAUGGAGCCUCUUUUGCUUGAGAUCAAUGGCUUUCUUGAGACUAAGCUGAAAGUGGGCCAUUAAUUGUUGGAUAUUCAUUGCACACUUAAUGCUAUAAAUAAUGUACUUUUGGUCUUUAUGCAUGAAAAGAUUUAUGUGAGAACAGAGGAUGCCUCUGAGGGAGCUUCUCUUAAUUUCUUGAAGAAGGUUUAUAAUAUUAUCAUCUCAUUGUCCUCAGAUUUAAUUCAGUUGACAGUUACACACUCAGUUACACACUCAGGUUUGGGAUGGUUAUAGAGCACAAGAACCAUGAAGCUGACAGGCUGAAGAAUGUGGCAUUGCAUCAAAUCUCAUCACAGUGCUUUAUUGAUUCCAGUCUGUAUGAGCAAAGAGUAAGCAUCUUUCAAAGAUCAAAUGGUGCUUCCCCUGACCCUCGCGUGGUGUACAUGCACACACACAAAGUUGUAUCUUGCAAAAUAUUUUUAUUUGUAUCUUUUUGGGGAUUCUUUUUGUUUCACACUUUUCAUUUACUGUUAAUCUCAAUCAGGGUAUUUAUUUUAUCUCUUGUAUUAGUUUUUCCGCGCGUAUUUUGCAAAGAGGUUCUGCCGUGCAUUGGAGAAAUCUACAUUACCAUUCAUCAGCGACUUUCCAUCCGGCAAUGUUAAAUUCAAAUCAUCACCUAAUUGGCCGAAUGUCUUAAGUGAUUUAGAGAACUCAUCAUUGGCUAUUUCCUGCAGCAAACUCGAUGUAUUUGAUUGUUCCUCAGCCUCAAGUUGCAAAGGACAAAACUCCCAACCAUCUACCAUCAUGAAAUUUACAGCUUGUCAGAGUUUGCUUAAUCUUCUAUACCGAGAUUGUUGUUGGCGGCUUAUUAGAUUAUCAGAAUGAUUCAUACUCAACUUAUUAUUAUGAGCUCUUCAGAUUGUUUGUGUCCUGUCGGAAGGCCUUAAGAUGUAUAAUUACUGCUUGUGAGGCGACAGUAGC